UAACACACUCAACCUUCCUUGGAAAGGAAUUGUUUGGUGAAAUCUGUCAAGGCAAUAUAUGUGAAGUCAAAAAUAUCGACAGGUUUUUAUAAGUUCUUCCAUUAAUUUAAAAAUACAAAAUCAUGAACGUUGAAGUGAAUCCAUUAAAUAUGAAUGGUAUAUGCGUUGGUUGUCUCAGUUCAGACAGAAAACUGAAGAUAUUGUCGAAUGAAGAAACAAAGUUAUUUGUACAAGAAUUUCUCGAUUCUUUUGAUAUGGUGAAAGAGUCAGUACUAUUAUGUUGGGAAUGCGUCGCUAUAGUACAAAAGACCGUUCGAUUUAAGAAGCAAGUGAAAUAUGCAAAGAGCUAUCUCAUGACGUGUUUGCCCAACACUCCAGCGCCGACAUUAUCAAAAUUAAAAAUAACGGAGACACAAAUUCUAGACGUAAAAAUGUCGAGUCAUAAAAAGACUCGAAAAUCUAAAAUGAAAAUAACUCAAAGUAACACAGAAUCUCAAAGUAUAAGUAUGGUAACUUGUGAUUUAAUAUAUAAAGAUGAUUUAAAAAAAGACUCCGACCAAAAUGACUCCAACACUGACUCUAAAAUUAAUAAAGAGAAUGUAUCAAUGCAAGAAGUCGUUAAAAUAGACUCGGAUGUGCGCGAGACUAAAAACGAAGACUCGACUGUCCGUAAAUACGAAUAUUACCCAUUCCCGGACGUGUUGGUGAAAACCGAAGACUCGAGCAGUUUAGACAUGGAUGUGGAAGGUUAUUAUAUGGACGAUAAUGCGGAGUAUGGAGACACGGGAAAUGUUACGGAGAUAGCAAAAGUCGACAUCAAAGAAGUAAAUGGUAAACUAAAAAGUACAAAACGCAAACAAGACGCGACGUAUUCGGAUUCUGACGACGAGCCGCUCGUCAAGAAAAAGGAGGAGAAGAAAUGCAGAAAGAGAAAGAAGGAGAAGGAUUCCUCCGGGCCCAAGCCGUCCCGUCGCGAGAAGCCGGCGGGCGUGGUGGCGAGCGCGAGGGUGGCGCGGAAGCUGCAGGAGCUCAACGUGGCCGCCGACCAGCUCGAGAUGGUGCUGCUCAGCUGGCAGGAGGUAGAGGAGGAGCGGCAGAGAUCCCUCGCGAGCGAGACGUUCACUCGACACGCGUACCGCUGCUACGACUGCGCGCUAGGGUUCAACUACAGAGUCAAACUCGACAACCACAUGAAGAAACACCAACCGUCGGCAGGCUCGCUGGUGUGCGAGGUGUGCAAGAUCCAUUGCAAGAACGCGCAUGCGCUCUCCGCUCAUAGACGGAGACAUCGGGUCAGAUGGCGGUGUGUGGCGUGCGGCGGCGCGUGGUCGCGCGCGGCCGUGGCGGCGGACCACCUCGCGCGCCUGCACGCCGCCGCGCCGCCCGCGCAUCUCUGCACCGUCUGCGGACACACCGACACGAGUCUCGGCCGCCUCCGCAAUCACAUGAAGAACCACUCGGAGCGGCAGAAGUGCGAGCUGUGUGGCAAGACGUUCCGGAACAGAGACUCGCUGCGGACUCAUCUCUUCAUCCACAAAGGGGAGAAGGAGUACCAGUGUCCUCAGUGCGAUAAGAAGUUCCUGUUCAAGAGAGCGUUACACGUGCAUCUGAUAACGCACGACGCCCCCGCGCUCCUCUACUGCCAUGAGUGCGACAUGAACUUCAAGAACAGGAUGUCGUACGGACAGCACAUGCGGUACAGCCUCAAGCACAUAGACCCCGCCAAACUCAAACACGCGUGUACGUUGUGCGACAAGAAGUUCCUGAAGGCGGCCCGACUAGAGGAACACAACCUGGCCGUACACCUCAAGGCGACGCCCUUCCACUGCGCAGUGCAGGGCUGCAACUUCGCGAGUUCGUCGCGGCCGGUGCUGCGCUCCCACGUGCGCAUGGUGCAUCGCGACGGACGCGCCGCCAGGAACUACGUCUGCCACACCUGCGGGAAGGCUUACAAGAACAAGAAGACCCUGGAGGGCCACCUGCGGUCGCACUCCGGCGAGCGUCCCUUCCACUGCGCGCUGUGUCCCGCCACCUUCGGCUACGAGGCCGCGCUCUACAACCACAACAAGGUCGUGCACCUCAAGGAGAAGGCGGGUGGGCGCGUGUGUCCGCCCCCCGGACUCCCCGCGCGGGCCCCGGACCCCCCACAGCCCCCCGCCACGACGACGUGGCGCGGGACCGCGUACGACAUGUAGAGAUCUACUCACUGCACAAUACACAAGUCCAUUGAUUUGAAACGUCGAGGUCAUUUUAAAAAUAAUGAAGACAGAAAAUUAUAAAAUGAUAAAUUAUAUCAAAUUAAUAAAUACCACGAGGUCUAAGCGGAGUUUGA